GCUGGUGGAUAUGGCUCCAACAUUGUGUAUUACUUUAAGGAGACUCUACUUCCUGUAAUUUAUGGGGGAAUCGGUUGUUUAAGGAAACAGGCCAUCAGUUUGACCGCUAUUGAUGGCAAAAUGGUACAGCGCAUGCCUGGGAAGAAAUUUGCUGAAAAAUGCGCUUGGGCCGCGAGAUUAAAGCGCGAUCAUGUGAUCACUGUGACAUUUGGAAAAAAACCUAAGUGCGCCUCGUCGAAUUUCACCGGACCGGGAAAGCGGGUAUUCAAGCCUGUGGACCAAAGAGAGUGUACAGACCCUAGUGCACAUAGAGGGCUGAUCUUUGUUGCAGCUGGUCCGUGCGUUCCCAGAAUGAUGGACGUAGGCAUUAUGGUAGACCUGAUGGAGAAGAACAUACGAUUUCUGGUCUCGCUCGUUCAUAGUUUGGCCUUGGCUGACAAAGAUAACCACUUUGGUGUCAUUGCGUCGAGCGGCGACAUACUGGUGAGAUUCAACGACAUAGCUGGUUCGGAGGAUAAGGAAGCUCUACUAAGGAACGUGCAAAAUGCCUCUAAAAACGCAACUUAUUCUGCAGACUACAAACUUUCUUUGAAGAGGGUGGAAGAGUUAUUCACAACAGCAAACGGAGACCGAGAAACUGAACCAAAUAUUCUUCUCCUCGCAAUGGACAAGAUCAAGGAUCUUGAUGUUAAUCUUGCUGAUGAAAUGAUCAACAAUCUUGCGAUUCAAUUUCAAGGAAUCAUCUUUGUUGGAUUCGAUGAUUUCGAAAAUAAAAAAAUGCCAGAAAUCAUCGAAGGUCAAGUGAAAAGUCAUAAACAUAUCACCGCUGCUUUUGUGAUCAACACCAGAUACCCACAGGAAGUAGGAAGACGUUAUUAUGGGAAAAAACUGGAUGAUAUUAUAACAGCUAUCUGUCGUGCAGGUAAAGGAGAAAUUUGAGGAACCCUAAUGACCAAAACCGGAGAGAUUUUGACACGGAACCAAAAACUUCAAAAUGACCAAUUAAGGAUGAUAUAUGAACGAUGGGUCGGUAAUGGGGA